CCUCGAGUCGGUCACGCUUUCAGUAUCAUUUUGUCGGCUGUGAACUGUGAAGGAAAUUUGUAGCGCCGCGCGCAGUGCAUUUUUUUCUGUAACAACAACUACACAGCUGAGCGCGCCAACAACAGCUACAAGGAAGAAAAAGAGGGAGAGAGUAAAAUAAAUCAGUCUACAAACAAGUGAAACGAAGAAGAAGAGAUUAAACGCCCGCCAAUAUAUUUGAUACUAACAGAUAGAAAGAAAGAUACAAAUUGAUUAACUGUAUACGGUGGCUGGAUAGGAAGGAAACGAAAAGGCUUUAAACGCAACUAUUUGCGCUCCAGUCUACGACGAGAGCCUCAAAAAGCUCUCGCCAGGCAAAAAACACAAACACUUAUAUACAGACCGAAACUCUCUCAUAUAUACAUACAAGUACAAACACUCCCGCACGCGCUCACUCACACAACAGCCAAAGCAGACGAGACAAUUAGAGCAAAAAUAAAGCAAAACAAAACAAAAAAUAACAGCAGCUGGCAGCUGAGAGCGCUGAGCGCCAAACGACCAAAAAGAGGGAGAGAGUAAGAAUACAAAAUUCUCUGAUCUCGUAGAUCGAGAUAUACGUGCGAGAAAGCGAGAACAAUCUUCAAGUCUUGUACAAAUUAACGACGCACUGAGAGUAUUUUGCAAAAAAUACUCGUGCACACACACUCAGGAUAUGUACGGCAACAAUAAUCCGGGUAGUAACAAUAAUAACGGUGGUUAUCCCCCAUACGGUUACAACAAGUCGAGCGGUGGACGUGUAUUUGGCAUGUCUCAUUCACUGCCAUCUGGAAUGUCACGUUAUGCGUUCUCACCACAGGACACAGAAUUUACAUUUCCAAGUUCCUCGUCGCGUCGCGGUUACAACGAUUUCCCCGGGGGAAAUGGCGGCAGCGCCAAUUCCCUCGGCGGCAACAUCUGCAACAUGCCAAUGGCCAGCAACAAUUCGCUAAACAAUCUGUGCGGCCUAUCGAUCGGCAGCGGCGGCAGCGAUGAUCUGAUGAACGAUCAACGCACAAGCAACACCAAUUUGAUAGUCAACUAUUUGCCGCAGGAUAUGACUGAUCGCGAGCUGUAUGCCCUAUUUAGAGCCAUUGGACCCAUCAACACGUGCAGAAUCAUGAGAGACUAUAAGACUGGCUACAGUUUUGGUUAUGCUUUCGUGGACUUCACAUCGGAAAUGGACUCGCAGCGUGCUAUUAAAGUGCUCAAUGGGAUCACAGUGCGCAAUAAGCGGCUCAAGGUUUCAUAUGCGCGUCCUGGUGGCGAAUCGAUCAAGGAUACAAAUUUGUAUGUGACCAAUCUGCCGCGCACGAUAACCGACGAUCAGCUGGAUACGAUCUUUGGCAAAUACGGUUCCAUAGUGCAGAAGAAUAUAUUGCGUGAUAAGCUAACUGGGCGGCCAAGGGGCGUGGCGUUUGUGCGCUAUAAUAAACGCGAGGAGGCACAGGAGGCUAUCUCAGCGCUGAACAACGUUAUACCAGAGGGUGGCUCGCAGCCAUUGUCUGUGCGCCUGGCCGAGGAGCAUGGCAAGGCAAAGGCGGCGCAUUUUAUGUCACAGAUGGGAAUGGGACCGCCGCAGGCGCCGCCACCGCCACCACCACCACCACCGCAUUUGGCGGCCGGCUUCAAUAAUAUGGUUCACAGAGACGGAGCUAUGGAAAAAUUACGCUCAUUAUUCGAUGCUAUUUGCGAUGCUAUCUUUGGUCUCGAUAGCGACAACUUUGCCGAUUUGCUUGAUGGACUGUACCGCAGGAAGUACCAUUAUCCCUACUUAUAAUUGACGCCGCAGCAGCAGCAGCAACUGCAACUCUAUCAGCAGGCGUGCAGCUUCAACAACAACAACAGCAGCAACAACAACAGCAACAACACCAAUGGCAACAACAGCAAUCACAAUCCCAGCAACAUGUUACAGUAUCAUUCACAUUACCAGCAGCAACAGCAACAGCAACAGCAACAACAACAGCAACCAUUGUCACCACAUGGCCC